AUGACACCGAUAACUCAUCUUGUUCCAUGCUUUAUAAUAAUAUCAAUUAUCUUCUUCAAUGGAGCUGAAUCGAAUAUUUAUUCUUCAAAUCGUUUAUAUCGAACACGAUUGAAUACUGGUGAUCGUUCUGCCAAUAUCAUUGCCAUAUCGGAAAUAUAUGAUCCAUCGUCAGGUACCUGGAGUGUUACGGGAAGUUUAGCACAAGGACNGAGUACUUGCAUUCAAAAGAAUAUCUUCUUCAAUGGAGCUGAAUCGAAUAUUUAUUCUUCAAAUCGUUUAUAUCGAACACGAUUGAAUACUGGUGAUCGUUCUGCCAAUAUCAUUGCCAUAUCGGAAAUAUAUGAUCCAUCGUCAGGUACCUGGAGUGUUACGGGAAGUUUAGCACAAGGACGGGAACAACAUGCUGCAACCGUGCUGAAAUCCGGUAAAGUUCUUGUCACUGGCGGCGAAGGUUUAACUGGUUAUACAAAUCAUUCUGAAAUCUAUGAUCCAUUAACGGGUCAAUGGUCCAGUGCUGGAAGUAUGGCAGUGCCCCGAUCUUUUCAUACAGUCACUUUACUCAAUUCUGGCCACGUUCUUGUCGUCGGCGGCGUGACUUUCGAAAAGAAUGCUCUCGCUACUUGUGAACUAUACGAUCCGAAUACGGACAAAUGGAGUUUUACUGGAAAUUUAACGAUACCACGUUCUUCUCACACGGCAACUUUACUCCCGUCGGGCAAAGUACUUGUUGCUAGUGAUGGUGCUUUUUCGGAAGUCUAUGAUCCAUCUACAGGCCUUUGGACUUCUCUUGCAAGAAUGGUAGAAGUAUCACGUUACAAUUCAGUUGCAACAUUACUAAAUUCAGGCGAAGUUCUUCUCACAGGUGGCGUUCAGUCAGCUCGAUAUUCGCCUAGCUCGGAACUAUAUAAUUCAAAAAUGAACGAAUGGCAUCCAACGUCCAAUUUAUCGGUUCCCCGUGCACGUCAUUCAUCAGUUCUACUCAGUUCCGGCAACGUUCUAGUUAGUGGUGGCGUAAACGAUGACAAUUUUAUAUCUAAUUGUGAGAUAUAUGAUCCAUCCACUGGCAAAUGGAGUAAUACAAGUGGUAUGACGGAAUCACGAUCUUCUCAUACUACAACUCUACUCGAUUCAAAUCAAAUUCUCGCUACUGCUGGUUACGGAGGUGCUGGCUAUCGCGAUACAUCAGAACUCUACGACCCAUCUACGGGUACAUGGAAACCUACUGGAAAACUAUCCAUCCCGCGUGCUUCGCACGCUGCUACUCUGCUUCAUUCGGGCAAAGUUUUAAUCACCGGUGGCGAAAAGAUUGGCCAUUAA